AAGCGCCAGGACGCUGCUGCUGCUGCGGUGCAGGUUCGGGUGUGAACCGGUGGAUCCCGCAGCCAUCCGGGUUCAAACAACUGCUAGUGAGGGUGGGUUCAAGAGAUUGCUCCAGUGAGGGGGAAAAGCCUAUUCCCCCCCCCCCCCUCCCCCGGAGCGCCGCCGCUGCUCAUCGCGUCAUGGAUGACUCUGGGAUAAUCCGGCGCCGGAGGCUGCAGAAGGAUUUGCCCCUGCCUCGCAAGAACAGCAGUUGCCGAACAAGCAACAGGAAAAGCCUGAUCCUGAGCACCACGUCUCCCACGCUGCCUCGGCCACACUCGCCUCUCCCCCUCCCCGGGCACCUCGGAAGCAGCCCCCUGGACAGCCCCCGCAACUUCUCUCCCGGCAACCCGGCGCACUUCUCCUUCGCCUCCUCCAGAAGAGACGGACGCCGGUGGUCUUUAGCGUCUUUGCCUUCUUCUGGAUAUGGCACCAACACUCCCAGCUCAACGUCCUCCAGCUCCUCUCAGGAGCGGUUGCACCAGCUGCCCUUCCAGCCCACCAUGGACGAGCUCCACUUCUUAUCCAAGCACUUUGGCAGCACCGAGAGCAUCACGGACGACGACGGGGGCCACUGCUCUCCGCACAUGCGCCCGCGCUCCCGCAGUCUCAGCCCAGGGCGCUCCUCCUCCUGCUACGAUAAUGAGAUAGUCAUGAUGAACCAUGUGUACAAGGACCGCUUUCCAAAGGCCACAGCGCAGAUGGAGGGGAGGCUGGCCGACUUCAUCCAGGCCUUCUCUCCGGAGAACGUCCUCCCGCUGGCCGAUGGAGUCCUGAGCUUCAUUCACCACCAGAUAGCCGAGCUGUCCAGAGACUGCCUGGCCAAGUCCCGCGAGGGCCUCAUCACCUCCGUCUACUUCUUUGAGCUGCAGGAGAACCUGGAGAAGCUCCUUCAGGAUGCCUUCGAGCGUUCAGAGAGCACCGAAGUAGCAUUCGUCACAGAGUUGGCGAAGAAGCUCCUCAUCGUCAUCUCCCGACCGGCGAGGCUUCUGGAGUGUCUGGAGUUUAAUCCCGAGGAGUUCUACCAUCUGCUGGAGGCAGCAGAGGACCACGCCAAGGAGGGUCACCUGAUGAAGACGGACAUUCCCCGUUACAUCAUCAGCCAGCUGGGACUGACCAGAGACCUCAUUGAAGAUAUGGUAAACCUCGAUAGGUACGACAGCGAGGGGCCGCUAACGCCUGAGACCGAUGACUCGACGGAGGGCAAGAUGAGAGCGAUGAAACCACCAGAAGAAGCUGACUUCCAGAGCAUCAAGCUGAUCAGUAACGGAGCCUACGGCGCCGUGUACCUGGUGCGUCACCUGGAGACCCGCCAGCGGUUUGCCAUGAAGAAGAUCAACAAGCAGAACCUGAUCCUGAGGAACCAAAUCCAGCAGGCCUUCGUGGAGAGAGACAUCCUCACCUUCGCAGAGAAUCCCUUUGUCGUCUCCAUGUUCUGUUCCUUCGAGACCCGCCGCCACCUGUGCAUGGUCAUGGAGUACGUAGAGGGUGGAGACUGUGCCACUCUGCUGAAGAACAUCGGGGCCCUUCCUGUGGAGAUGGCACGCAUGUACUUCGCAGAGACCGUGCUGGCGCUGGAGUACUUGCACAACUACGGCAUCGUGCACCGCGACCUCAAGCCCGACAACCUCCUGAUCACCGCGAUGGGCCACAUCAAGCUCACCGACUUUGGCCUCUCUAAGAUGGGCCUCAUGAGUCUGACCACCAACUUGUACGAGGGCCACAUAGAGAAGGACACGCGUGAGUUCUUGGAUAAACAGGUGUGUGGAACCCCCGAGUACAUCGCCCCGGAGGUUAUUCUCCGCCAAGGCUACGGGAAGCCGGUGGACUGGUGGGCGAUGGGCAUCAUCCUGUACGAGUUCCUGCUGGGAUGUGUCCCUUUCUUUGGAGACACCCCGGAGGAGCUGUUCGGACAGGUCAUUACAGACGACAUAGUGUGGCCAGACGGGGACGAGGCUCUGCCUGUCGACGCCCAGCACCUCAUCUCCUCCCUUCUGCAGACCAAUCCCCUGGUUCGGCUUGGCACAGGCGGUGCUUUCGAGGUGAGGCAGCACUCGUUCUUCACGGAGGUGAACUGGAACAGCCUCCUGAGACAGAAGGCCGAGUUCAUUCCUCACCUCGAGUCUGAGGAAGACACCAGCUAUUUUGACACCCGGUCCGAGCGCUACCAUCACGUGCAGUCCUACGACGAGGACGACACCAACGACGACGAGCCCGUGGAGAUCCACCGCUUCUCAUCCUGCUCCCCUCGCUUCAGCAAGGUGUACAGCAGCAUGGAGCAUCUGUCCCAGCUGGAGCAUAAGCCCCCCGGCGUGACCCUGCGGGAGCACAAGGUGCCCCGGGAGGAUCGAGUGGCCAAGAGAGAAAGCCUGGGCAGCCUCACCUUAAGGGACAAGAGCUGGAGGACCGGAUCGCCUGAGAUGAAGCGCUUAUCCUGCUCCGAGUCGUCCUUCACCGAGAGCGACUACAGCCCGCCGUCCGGGGCCCGGAGGCGCUUCUCCGCCCUCAUGGACACGCACCGCCUGGCCUCCCCUCUGGAGGUCGACUCCGAGCUGCCCGUCCCCGUCAGGCAGCCUCCGGUGACGACCAGGGGCACUUCCCUGGAAGGAGCCGCGGGCGCCACCACCCCUCAAAGCGAUCCGAGAUCACUCGUCAAAGAUGGCGGCGGGCUCGCGGCCGAAGAGAAGGGUUCGAGGGCGGCCGAAGCGCCGCUGCUUCUGCCGGGGAACGCCGCCGUUCUGGGGCUCCCAGACGCUCCAGGGCCCCGCGGGGCCGCCACCGACCUGGUGCUGCGGAGGGUCCGCCACCAGCAGCUGUCGGCUGAGGGGGAGAAGCGCAACCCGCGCCCGGGGACCAAAGUGAUCAAAUCGGCCUCCGCGACGGCCUUGUCCGUCAUCAUUCCUGCGGUGGAGCAACACGUCGCCUCCCCGCUGGCGAGCCCGAUGUCGCCCCACUCCCUCUCGUCCAACCCGUCCUCCCGGGACUCGUCUCCCAGCAGGGACUACUCUCCGAUGGUCAACGUCCUGCAUUCUCCCAUCACCAUCCACCGCUCGGGGAAGAAGUACGGCUUCACUCUGCGAGCCAUCAGAGUCUACAUGGGGGACAGCGAUGUUUACAGCCUGCAUCACAUGGUCUGGCAUGUGGAGGAUGGGGGUCCCGCCCAGGAAGCUGGUCUUAGCGCUGGUGACCUCAUCACUCAUGUAAACGGCGAGUCUGUCCACGGUCUGGUCCAUACAGAGGUGGUGGAGCUCAUCCUGAAGAGUGGAAAUAAGGUGACGGUUACAACCACUCCAUUUGAGAACACCUCUAUAAAAGUGGGCCCCGCCCGGAGGUCCAGCUAUAAAUCCAAGAUGGCACGGCGCAGCAAGAGGAUAGGAGCCAAGGAGGGACCAGAAAAGAAGAGAAGCUCCCUCUUCAGGAAAAUCACCAAGCAGUCCAACCUGCUGCACACCAGCCGGAGCCUCUCCUCCUUGAAUCGCUCUCUUUCAUCCGGGGACAGUCUGCCGGGCUCCCCCACCCACGGCCUCUCCGCCCGCUCGCCCACUCAGAGUUACCGCUCCGCUCUCACUGAAUCCCCUCUCAUGGGCACCUCCUCCCAGAGCAGCUCCCCAGCUUCCAGUACCCCCAACUCGCCCGCAGCCUCCCACCACAUGAGGCCCAGCUCCCUGCACGGCCUGUCCCCCAAGCUGCACCGCCAGUACCGCUCCGCGCGCUGCAAGUCCGCCGGCAACAUCCCUCUGUCCCCCCUGGCGCACACCCCCUCCCCGACCACCUCCUCGCCUCCUCCUCUCUCCGGCCACACGGUGGGGAGCUCCAACACCACGCAGACCUUCCCCGCCAAGCUGCACUCCUCGCCGCCCGUCUCGCGGCCCCGGCCCAAAGGCGCGGAGCCGCCCAGAUCCCCCCUGCUGCAGCGGGUGCAGUCGGCGGAAAAGCUGGGCGCCCCGCUCAUGCCGCCCUCGUCCUCGCCGUCGCCGCUCACCGGCGCGUCGCUGCGCAAGCACAGCCUGGAGGUGGCCCACGGGGACUACAGGAGAGAGUCCUUCCACUGCGAGCACAGUCUGCAAAGCCUGCUGGAGAUGGAGGGAGAGAAUGGACCCGCUCCGCCGUCCCCUUCGUCCUCCUCCUCCCCCUCCCCUCCCAUGGGAGGGGAGUUUGGGGGCCUGAAGCCCUCCCGGAGGCUGGGAAGGCAGGAGUCGCCGCUCAGCCGCGACACCCUGCUCCCGCCGAGAGAGAAAGACCCGCAGGCCACGGCCUCGGCGCCGAGGGGGUCGCCGGCCGAGGGCGUGGCCACCGGAGCGGAGUCCAAGGCCGCUGGAGUUCAUUUGAGUGAAGCCACAGCCGAGGAUCCGAAGAGCCGCGCAGCUGCAACGAAGCCAAGUCCGGCGCCGGUUCCACCCGCUGUGGAGCCCAAGCCGAGCCCAGGGGACAAACCUCCAAAGGCAGGUACUUCCAGCUGUGAGGCCGCCGCCUCCAAGAGUAAACUCGGGGAGAAGGCCGCCGCUCCCGGCACAUCGAAGGGCCUUCAAGCGCAGGACAGCAAGCAGCCGAGUGUUCACACGGGCGUCGCACCCACGGUCAAAGCUCAGGAGAAGAGCGAGGAGAGAGCGAAGGGCCCCGCCGGCGCUGACAAGGGACACGUGGCGAGGGCGUCCUCCGCCGAGCAGCCCAAGCCUCGCAAGUCCGCAGAGACGGGGGAGAAGGGAGGCGGCGCUAAGGCGGAGACGACCAAGGUCAAAGGACCCGCGCCGCCGAUCCCCAGCCAGGUUCAACCCCGCGCCGCGGCCCCCGCCCGACCCGACCCGGAGCGCUCGUCCACCGGCGGCCGCGGGGCCAAGGAGGAGCGGGCGCCGCUGGAGGUCGUGGAGGAGAACCCGGCGUCGCCGUGCUCCAGCAAGUGUCGCCCCGUGCCGCCGGGGGACCGGGCCAGCUUCGUCACCCAGCUGACGAGCGCGGCCAAGACGGUGCUCGCGCCCAUCAAGGGGGGGUCGCAGGAGGGGUCCAAGCUAAAGGACGGCUCCAGGUCGAGCGACGAGAAGCGGGCAAGCGCGGCGGGGAAAGCGGACGGCUCGGCGGCGGCGGGCGGGCGCCGCGGCGCUCAGGCGGGCGCGCUCCAGUCCGACAGAGGAAACAGCCGCGGCUCCAAGCACCACCCGUGAUGUGGGAGCUUCAGAGAAAGGGUGGGGUUUUUUUUUCCGUGCACAGCCCUUUUUUUGUCGUCUUUAUUUACUUUUUUGUUUGCUGUAGCGUCACACUGACGUAACCCAAAGUGAAGAAAUGAGACCAAAUAAAUGACACGCGGCAUGUAGAACGUCGCUGCGGGAGGACAAAGAUGUCGGGCAGAACAUGUGCCCACGUGGUAUCGUAAAGUAGGCCUGUGUGUGUACUGUAUGUUCAAUGUUAUGUAUAUAAGGGUUUGGAGGGGCUUGUGUCUUAAUGCAUGUCCGACACUGUACAUCGAAGAAUGAAAAGCAUAUUUAAAAGGGAGAUGAAAAAAAAUAUAAAGCCGAUCCUCAAGGUGGUGAAACACUGUGAACAACUCUUCAGCAGGCCGACUGUUAACUGUGUGAAGGAGCAGUUUUUCUGGUGCGAGCUGGCAUUAAUCACUCAUUCCUCCAGUGCCAUCCUCCCUUCAUACUUUGUGGAGCGGAGAUGACGUGCACACUGAAUGGGAGCCUGGACCACGAUGUUAAAAUGCGUUGGAUCGGCCGACGUGCUCCAGAUCUGUUUAAGGGCUGAACUCAUGUGGGAUUUAAAGGUGAAGAUUAGACAAACCUGCACAGGGACACUAUGCAAUUGUUUUUUUCUUUCCCACUUUACUAAGUUUAUAUUGUGGUCCACACAUCCGGAGACAUUAAAAGGGGUUACAGAAAGCCAAGCAAACACACUUUUGGGUUGUUUUAACGUUGUCUCCAUGGAUCGUAGUGAAUUGUGCAAUUAUACAUAUUUUAGGCUAUUGAACACACUAGUGUGUGUGUGUGUGUGUGUGUGUGUGUGUGUGUGUGUUAAAGGAGGCUAACUCGUUUCUAUUCAUGCAGGUGUGCACCAUAUAUUGUGUAAUAUUACAUGUGAAGAAAAGUGCCAGUCUUUUUUUUGGGGGGGGGGG